ACUAGUUUGUGUGCGAAGUGUCCAUAUCAACAUUGGCUACAGAGUUGUGUUCCCUGGUGGAAAUCUUUCGUGUAACCGACAAUGUCGUUGGUCACUCAGAAUGGCCUACGAUGUAUUAAACGUCUAAUUCCACAAGUCAUCUCAAGGGGUCACAGCACAUUAGACAAGCCAGGAUCACUAGUGGCAUCGCAGAAGAAAAUGGGAGACUCAUCUGAGGACAAACAGAUUAUGGUCCCAGAACAUGCUGAUAUUUCCUGUUUGACUGGGGUUCCUGAUGAACACUUAAAGACUCGGCGAGUAAGGAUCUUUGUGCCGACCAAGAAUGCGAUGCAGUCUGGGGUGUUUGGGACAAGACGGUGGAAGAUUGAGUUUGACACUCGAGAAAGAUGGGAAAAUCCCCUGAUGGGAUGGACAUCAAGUGGAGAUCCUCUGUCAAAUACAGCAGUGGAGUUCAGGUCUCCAGAGGAAGCUAUAGACUUUUGUGAGAAGAAUGGAUGGGAGUACCAUGUUGAGGAGAGAAAGGAGCCAAAAUUCCGACCCAAAUCCUACGGAGCCAACUUCAGCUGGAACAAAAGAACACGAACGUCCACAAAAUAGAACUAAAAGGGAACCUGUUUGGACAGUAGUAGCUUGAAAUUGAACUUGUAAAUAAUAUUUUAUGAUAUGAAUAAAAGUUUCAAAAAUGUA